UCUAGGGCAAGCUGGCUGAGAGGCGAUCACAGCUCAGCUCCUCUCUGCAGGCUGGGAGACGAGGCGGCACUACAACCCUUUUCAACGCGGGAGGAGAACAAACUUGACAUUUUUGAGCCGGGCGGAAGAUAACGACAACUGAAGCGCAAAGAUUUUCCAUCGGAGGACACCAUUUAUUUAUACAUAUUGUUUGUAUAUCUAUAUAUAUUUGUACACACGCUUAUAGAUAUUUAUAUACAUAUAUAUACAGUCUAUAGAUACAAUUAUACUUGUACAUAUCUGUAUUUGUGCUUGUCUGUUUAUAUUAAUAUUUUUAUAUGUAUUUGUGUGUGUAAAUAUAUAUAAUAUAUAAGCAAGACAUAUACAUCCAUAUAUAUAUAUAUCUAUAUCUAUCUAUAUAUAUAUAUAUAUACAUAUAUAUAUAUAUAUAUAUAUAUAUAUAUAUAUAUAUGAAUUUCUAUGUGCAUCACUGUGAAGCAAGAGGAUUCUCAUCUCAUCAGGGCUGGUCUCUGAUUGUGUGAUCAUAUAUUUUGAAUAUUUGAUCUUCUACGUCAAGAGGACAAAGACGACGUGCCCAUUUUGUAUUUUUGUUUUGCUGUUGCUGCAUCCCGUCUCUCCCGCUCCAUUUUUUUCCCUCCCAGAGACGAGUGAAUCAGAGAGCAGGAUUUGACACGAAAAAAAAGAGAAGAAAAAGGAAAGGGGGGGGGGGAGAAAUCGGUCGAAAUUCCUGUGAUCGGCGUAGUUUCCGCCGGCACCCGCGCGCCGUUAGCACCGCCGCAGCGCGCCGUGCGACAUCCGAGGAGGAGACCGAGAGUGCCACGCCGCCCCAGCCAGCAUGCACAAACACCACCACUGCUGCAAGUGCCCAGAAUGUUAUGAGGUCACCCGCAUGGCGGCCCUGCGCAGGAUGGACGCCCCGUCGUACGGAGGAGACUGGCAGGCCGAGCCCUAUGGAUACCCGCCCGGGUACGGAGGGGGCCAAACCUUGCCUGCUCCGGCCUCAGGGGGAGGAGGGAACAUGGGAGGAGGAGGAGGCGGAGGAGGGGGAACCUUAGGCAGAAGUAAGGGCAAGAUGAUGUCUGGCGGGGGUCCUGGAGGCCCCAAUCCAAAGGGCCAAUCCAAAGGCGGGCCCAAAGUGAACGGCAACAACUCAAGUGGACAAGGAGGAUGGUGGCCUGAGUGCACCUGCACCAAUCGGGAGUGGUAUGACCAGGCCAACCCUCCCCCCAUCAUUGUCAACGCAGACUCACUAGAUGCAGGCCCUUAUGUGAACGGCAGUGAUGGGAUGUACAAGUAUGAGGAGAUCAUCUUAGAGAGGGGGAACUCCGGCCUGGGCUUCAGCAUCGCAGGAGGGAUCGAUAACCCCCACAUUCCCGAUGAUCCGGGGAUCUUCAUCACCAAGAUUAUUCCUGGGGGAGCGGCUGCCAUGGAUGGAAGGCUUGGGGUGAACGACUGCGUCCUGCGCGUGAACGACGUGGACGUGUCCGAGGUGGUUCACAGCAGGGCGGUGGAGGCCCUGAAGGAGGCGGGGCCAGUGGUGCGCCUGCUGGUGAGGCGGAGGCAGGCCCCACCUGAGACCAUCCUGGAGGUCAACCUGCUCAAAGGGCCCAAAGGACUGGGGUUCAGCAUUGCCGGAGGGAUUGGCAAUCAGCACAUCCCAGGAGACAACAGCAUCUACAUCACCAAGAUCAUCGAAGGAGGAGCUGCCCAGAAAGACGGACGGCUGCAGACCGGAGACCGCCUGCUAGCUGUGAACAACAUUGUGCUUCAGGAUGUGCGUCACGAGGAGGCGGUGGCGGCGCUGAAGAACACCUCGGACAUGGUUUACCUCAAGGUGGCCAAGCCAGGGCCUGUGCAUCUCAAUGACAUGUACGCCCCACCGGACUAUUCCAGCAGCCUGGCCCUCCCCCCAGCCUUCCCCACCAUGGACAACCACGUCAGCCACAACUACAUGGGCGCCAUGGAACCCAAGCCGGCUUACCCGCCUCCCCAGGUCACCCCGUCCAGGUAUUCGCCAGUGCCCCGCCACAUGCUGGGGGAGGAAGACUUCACAAGCCGGGCUGAGCCAAUUUACAGUGUCAUCCACAAACCUGGGGACGGCAAGGUGCCCCAGGCUCUCUUCAGAGGCUUCUGUCCUUCCCCUGCACCCUUGUGCCAAGCUCCGCUACUCCCCCUCUCUGGCAGGGAGCCAAGGAAGGUGCUGCUGCACAAGGGCUCCACAGGGCUGGGCUUCAACAUCGUGGGCGGAGAGGAUGGCGAGGGCAUCUUCGUCUCCUUCAUCCUGGCUGGAGGGCCGGCUGACCUGAGCGGCGAGCUGCGGAGAGGAGACCGGAUUUUGUCUGUGAAUGGCGUCAAUCUAAGGAAUGCGACACACGAGCAAGCAGCUGCGGCCCUGAAGAGAGCCGGACAGACCGUCACCAUCAUUGCUCAGUACAGGCCUGAAGAGUACAGCCGCUUUGAGUCCAAGAUCCACGACUUGAGGGAGCAGAUGAUGAACAGCAGCAUGAGCUCAGGGUCCGGCUCCCUGCGCACCAGCGAGAAACGUUCCCUCUAUGUCAGAGCUUUAUUCGACUACGACCGGACGAGGGACAGCUGCCUGCCCAGCCAGGGUCUCAGCUUCUCUUACGGCGACAUCCUCCAUGUCAUAAAUGCGUCAGAUGACGAGUGGUGGCAGGCGAGGCUGGUGACGCCUCACGGGGAGAGCGAGCAGAUUGGGGUUAUUCCCAGCAAGAAAAGGGUGGAGAAAAAAGAGCGGGCCAGGUUAAAAACAGUCAAGUUCCACGCCCGGACAGGCAUGAUUGAGUCAAAUAGGCAGCCAGUCAAAGUAAAGCGCAAAAAAAGCUUCAACCUGUCGCGAAAGUUCCCGUUUUACAAGAGCAAGGAGAAUAUUGUGCAGGAGUUGGUGGAGUCUGAACAAUGCCUGACAUCCAACACGAGUGACAGUGAAAGCAGUUCAAAGGGCCAGGAAGACACAAUCCUCUCCUAUGAGCCCGUCAUUCGACAGGAAAUCCACUACACCAGACCUGUGAUCAUUCUGGGCCCCAUGAAGGACCGAGUGAACGACGACCUCAUCUCCGAAUUCCCUCACAAGUUUGGCUCCUGCGUACCUCGUGAGUUGGCGACCCCCGUCUUCACACGACGGCCUGGCGACACAGAAAGCCAACCCGCCGGACGUUUUCUUUCCACAGACACGACUCGUCCGAGGCGAGAGAACGAGAUGGACGGUCAGGACUACCACUUUGUGGGCUCGCGGGAGCAAAUGGAGAAAGACAUCCAAGAUAACAAGUUUAUCGAGGCGGGCCAGUUCAAUGAGAAUCUGUACGGGACCAGCAUCCUGUCUGUCAGAACUGUGGCUGAGAGGGGGAAGCACUGCAUCCUGGACGUGUCGGGCAACGCCAUCAAACGACUGCAGCAAGCACAACUUUACCCCAUCGCCAUCUUUAUCAAACCAAAAUCCAUCGAAGCCCUCAUGGAAAUGAACAAGAGGCAGACGUACGAGCAGGCCAAUAAAGUCUUUGACAAGGCGGUCAAGCUGGAGCAAGACUUUGGAGAGUUUUUCACAGCUAUUGUACAGGGUGAUUCGCUAGAGGAGAUCUACAACAAAAUCAAGCUCAUCAUUGAAGAGCAGUCUGGUCCAUACAUCUGGAUCCCCUCCCCAGAGAAGCUCUGAGCUGCCCAUCAUCGGUGCAAAAGUUCCCCACCUGCCUCCCAGAGAAUACCCACCCAACCGCCCACAACCUCCCCCCAAAAUCCCUACAUCUUCACCCCUUUUUACAGCUAUGUUUCAUAUAAAGUUUUAGUGUCAUCAUUAUGUUACUCUCUAAAUGAAAAAGAAGUCUUAUCACCAUGAAUUACUGUGACUGUGCGUGCACACACACACACACACACACGCACACACCCCCUGCAUGAGUUUACUCAAACCCAUCCAUUGAAGACUGGAAAUGCCAUUCUGGAGGAGUCAUUUGUCAUAAUAGUAACAAUAAUGAAAAAAAUCAAAAGGGAAAACUAAAGGAGCUCCUUUUUGUGAACUGGGACUGACUGAAGAUCAGAAUGUUUCCACACAAACCAGGAGGAGAGGAGAGGAGAGGAGAGGAGAGAGUCGCAGGGGGGAACAGACAAAAUCACAUCUAGUUGGAACACUUUGUAAAUGUUCAUCCAAUCACGUUUAAAAGACAGAUGAUUUUUGUUUUGUUUUUUCUUUUUCCAAAAGUGACUGGAUGAAAUAAAAUGGAGCCCUGCUGACGGUACUCUUGUUUCUAAUGGCUGAUGGGAAAUGGAAUCUAUUUAUCACUUUGGUCAGCAGCCAUUAAGUUGGGAACAAAUGAUCAAUCCCUACAUUUAUAUUAUCAAAUCACAAGAUGAAUAAAAUCCUGAUGAGAUUUUACUAUAUUAUAUUAUAUAUAUAUAUAUAUUCAGUAUAUAUUGAAAGGCAAAAACGCUACAGUUUUACACUUCACUUGACUCAUCCAUUUUUGGAGGGCUGUUAGAUUUCACUUUUAGUUUCUUCUCAUUUCUUUGGCAAUUUGAAUUUUUCUUUUGUGCAAAGAAGGCUGGCUGGGGGGGGGAGUAGAGACAUGUAAGUGGGUUCUGCAAAACACCAAACUGCCUUACAUCAAAUACUAUAAUGACCUUUUGGGACCACAACACAAAGUAGUCCCCAAUCAUUUGACUGACUUUUUUGAAGCACGACAAGAAUCCAUUCAUCUAUUUAGCGCCCCCCAACCCCCAAUUAGCUGCAGACCACCCGCUUACACGCUCUGCCUUCCUUCCGGAGGGGUUGGUUUCUUUCUUUCAUGGUACUGUCCUAGCUGCUGCCAACAUGGCGACCUUAUCACAAGUAGAACCACACCAUAAUUGUAUUGGAUGUCAUGACAAUUAAAACUAACAAAAAAGAGCCGAAACAAGCUGUUUUUGGAUUGUCCCACCCCCACAGCCUCCACACCCCAAUUCUUCCCACCAAAAACACUAACAUAAAUGUACGCCUGAGAGGGUCCCUGAAUGCAGCACAACUUUUUUUCUUCUUUUUUUUUUACCGCUAAACGUGAAGGAUUUUGUUUUUCCUGUCCUUCCUCAGAGCCAACUGGAAGUGCCAACAUAGACCUCUGGGUCUACCCGUUACCCCCACCCCCUCCCCUGGCAGACGACCACUGCUACACCAGCUGUCAUCACCUGUGUCAACGCCCCCACCUCCCCGCCCCGACGACGAGUUCAGGGAAAAACUGAAGGGAACACAGCCAUUAAAAAAACAAACUUUGCAGACUGUUUCAGAGGGUGUGGUAGCUGUACAAUGUAAAUAAGCCCCGCCCCCCUCUUCCUCCAGCAGAUAUACCCCGGCUGCUAACCCCGCCCCCUCCUCACCUGUGCUUCGUGCAUGUGUGAUUCAAACUGGGACAAAAAAAAGUUUUAUAGCCCACAAAUGUCAGGUAAGUCGAGUUGAAAGCUAUCAUUUCCAUACUUAAAAAAAUAAAAUAAAAAAGAUGUGCUGUAUUGUUGCUAUUUCUCUUCAGAUGCCUAUGGGAACUAGUCAGGGGAGGGGAGGAGCCAAGCGGAGCCCCGCCCCCUCCUGCCCCUCACUUAUGGGGCGUGUCCACAUGUGAUAACUUGUGGGUGUACAGAAUGAGCGUCUAAUUGUAAAAUAAGCGGGAUUUUAAAAAAAGCGAAGCCACAUGAUGGACUGGUUUGUGAAAGCGUUGCUGACUGUUAAAAAGACGACGUGUGCGGUACUCAUCAUACCUCAGUCAGCCGUGUCUGAGCCCAAAGACUCCACUUUCAUGGCGCCUGUGUGUGUUUAUCACUGAUGACAACAUUAUAUGACUCUUUUGGUUGGGUUCAGGGUUCUUGUUUGUUGCUAUUACAGUAUUUCUAUUUUGUUCUGGUGGGGAGGGGUGAUGUUUGUGUUUCUGGCACAUGUGUGCAGUAAGUGCUUGCAAACACCAACCCUUCUGAUUGUACAGUCCUUUCCUUCCUAUCAGCCUAUCAGGACGCUCGGCCUCAUUGGUCUUCCCUGUCCUAAAUCAUGAGCGGAACGCGGUCCUGCUACAUUUUUUUUUCUUUUUUGGGGGAGGGAGGCUUUAUUCUGGGGGACUUGACAAGAGUUUAUUUGUUUGAAAAUAAAAUAUGUGACUCGGUUA